GAUUUAAAUAGUUCCUUCCUCUUUAGCCUUUCCCUUCGUCAAUUCAAAUUUCGCUCUCUUUUUCGCGCCACAGAACCAGAAUCAGGGAACUGGGAAGGAUUUAGUGAGCCAUAUCAAGGGAUACUUAGAUUUGAGUUGAGAUGAGGAAAGCAAAUCAAAAUUCUAACCCAAUAAAAGGAGAACAAGCUUACUCCAGCGAUGAUUCUUCAACGUCUGAGGAGCAAAUAUCAAGUCUCACUUCUUUAGAUGAGAACGUUUCCUCCUCCCAAGAUGAUCGUAGCCACGAUGAUUUGAAGUUUCAAAAGUUUAAACUAAGCUUAAGAUCAAAUGUGAUUUUGGAGGACUACGAAGAAAUAAGAAAUGAGAAGAGGAAGCAAGCCAAUCGAGCUAAGAGGUCGAGAUUGCGCAAACAAAAAGAAAUGAAAGAAUUGGAAGCAAUAACGAACACACUAAGGGAAGAAAUUUCGAUUCUUACAAUGCAAAUGAAAACACUUUUAGAGGACUGCGUGGCACUCAUGGAGGAGAACGCUUCUUUAAUGGAUGAGCUAGAAAAACAGUGUGGACCAGAAGCAGUAGAUGAUCUCGAGACUGCAAAUUCUUACAGAGGUGAUAAAUGAAGCAAUUCCAAGUUCGUUCGGACAAAACCAAAGACACAUUAUCAAAUAGAUGGAAGCUUCAAAAUUUACUUUCUAUAGUCUCUCGUAGAUGAACCAGAAUGACAAAUAGAUAGAAAAAUAUAUUAGUACACAAAUUGAAAGUUGAGAGAUGUAUUAGACAUGACUUUAAAAAUUUAAAGACAAUACUUGUCAUUUGGAGUAAUUAUACUUGGAUUUCAUUA